AUGUCCAAGGUCGAUGUUGCUCUGGGAGAUCUCUUAGCCAAGGUGCUCCCGACCGAUGUAAAGGUCACCAUCCGCCAUAUCUCAUCCACGCCCUCGACAACAACCGCUCUCUUCGCUCCUUCUCCAGGCGAAGAACCAGAGCCUACUUACUGCGAGAACCAUUUCCUUUCUGCAUCUGUUAUUCCAGGAGAAAAGGGUGAUGGCGCGGAGAUAAUCGUGUUUGGCAUUGAGGUGUUAGUCUACACUACGGCACAUCUGACCACCAUUUUUGUGUCCAAAGCGGAUUCCACCGGGCACCUGCAUCUACUCAAAGCCGGACCAAAGAGCUCAAUUCUUAGAAGAGUCACCAAUACUUUUCUCUCAUUCCUCGUACAGACCCACCAACGGCCUGGCGUUCGACUGGUUGUGUCUCUCUUCGCCCGGUCUCAGAACCAGUACUUGUUCCCUGGGAGCAUCGAGAACGCCGAAAAGCAUGUCCUCGACGAUCGCGGGCUGAUCAAAUGGUGGUGCCGCGCCCUCGAUCCAAUUCUCCGCGAGUAUGAGCCCGAAUCUGCCUCGCAGGAGCAAGACAAGAAACACGAAGAAUCAGCCCGAAGCUCAGCCACAGCGUACCUCAUCGUGCCUGGCUGCGACAAGUUUGAGACCAGAGGGUUCUUCCCUAGUAGCGCCAGAUCAGACGAUAAGGAUAAGCCUCGAUGGCUGAAUGCUUAUCCUCUGCGCCAACUGUGCAGUAAACCGGAUGCUCCGCCGCGCUCUCUGGUCCCUCGGUUCCCUGAUGACCCGAAGACGCGCUUUUUGAUUGACCUUGAUGAUGAACUUCCAGCGCCCGCAGAUGAUGAGACCUCGAGCGGUCAUUGGAGAAGUGUGAAGUCUUUGGAUCAGUUUUGGGAAAUGAUGUCUUUCCGUCAAGAGUGUUCUGCGGGAAGAUUGGUUGGGUUUUUGUGGCUUGUUAUCAAUCCUCCUGGAGUUGUGAACUCGAAUCCGAUGCUUAGUACAACCGGACUUUUGGGGGUCAAGGACAUCACUGCUACAGUUAAAGAUGCCGCAAAAGCAGAGACUGUGCUACCUACUUCUGAUGCCACGGCCAGAUCAGAUCAGAUGCAGGUUUCAGUGAUUUCCGAAAAAAGCAAGGAAGAUGCUUCAAUUCCCCAGACAAGCGAUCAGACGAAGCCUCAGCAAGCGAACGAUGGAAGUGCAUUCCACUGGCCACAGGCAGCGCGAGGACAUGCGGUAUUGGACGAGGAGGACUAUAAGAAGGCAAUCAACUUCCUUCUCGAGCAAGACUUUUACAACGAGGAGGUCUCGUUUGCCAGCACGAAGGCAUUCAACGACAAGGUCGCCGCUCUUGCCGACGAGCUUUGGAUCGGCCAGCAUGUCGUGGGAAAGAAUGCCUACGAAGAGACUACAGUCUCGUCGCAACUGUCUGAAGUGCCUGCUACGAUGCUCUUGGUCCGGAAACGUAAGAAAGAUGAAGGCGCAGCGUCAGACCAGGCUCCGAGUGGAUUUACAGAGUCUGCUGCUGCGCAGGACUCUGGUGUGAAUGUUCUCCAGGGCAGUUUGAUUCGGAAGAAGAAGAAAACCUAA